AUGGAAAAUACUCUUAACGAUCAUCAACAGCUUUCAAAUCCUCAUGCCAUUGAAUUAACUAACAUUACCAUUCGCUUAGGUAAUAAAGAUGUUUUAAAAUCAAUCAAUCUUUCAAUUGAUCACGGUGGAAUUUUUGCUUUACUUGGUCCGAGUGGUUGCGGAAAAACAACUUUAAUACGUACGUUAGUUGGACGUUUACAUCCUAUUGAUAAUCAUGAUGGAACACGAGGAAAAAUAUCAAUUCUUGGUAAACAUCCUCAUGCAUUUGGUCAACUUGUUGGAUUUAUGCCUCAAGAAAUGGCAUUACAUUCAACAAAUACGAUUGAUG